UAUAUGGGUCACAUUGAAACACAUGGAGUGUUUUUUAAGAGAAUAAUGCUCCUUUUAAUUGUUCCAUAUCAGUGCAUUUUGUGAAUUAAGUGUACAUCACUUACUGAAGUGAACUAGAGCAUUGCUAGCCCUUUAAGAGCUUGAGCUGGCUGUGAUUGGAGCAGCUGCAUGAGGUUAAACACGGCGAGGGGCUCAGAGCAGCCGUUCAGUGCUGGAUCCAAUCAGACAGGUUGCACCUGCACUGUACAGAUGUUCCAAAGUCACACAUCCACACACUCAUACACACACAUUCGGAUACAGAGCACACACUGAAAGACUGAAGCCAUAAACACACACUCACUCAGAUGGAAAGUUUGACUCUGGAGCUAUGAGUGUGGUGAGAGAAACAACAUCACUGACCCAACCAUUGACAUCCUCCAAACGGAACAAAAGUGUGAGAAAGAGCUCCAGGAAGAUCUACAAUUCUUACCAGGACAAUCCAGUUUCCUCUGAUGACGAAGACAAGGAUGAAGAGCGGGUGGACAGUAAUGAUCCUGAGGAAAUGUUCCAGAAUAUUCAGUACCAGAAGGAAAUCAUCGCCAACAUUCGAACACGACCAUGGCCAAUGAGACGCAAGCUCAAAGUCUUAAAGCAGGCCAGGGAGAUUGUGCUGAAGUAUGAAGGUAGGCUGACAAGGACUCGAGGAUACCAGGCUGCAGGAGCAGACCUGUUAAAGAAGAUUUCAAGAGUUCUCUACAAUGUCCUAGUACUGUUCAUCCCCUGGGAAAUGCGGAUUAAAAAGAUUGAAAGUCACUUUGGUUCCGGUGUGGCUUCGUAUUUUAUUUUCCUACGGUGGCUAUUUGGGAUUAACAUCGUCCUCACAAUUAUGACUGGGGCUUUUAUUGUCCUUCCUGAGCUUCUUGCUGGAGCUCCUUUUGGCACCACACGUAGCAAAACUAUCCCAAGGGACCAAAUCGCUUCAGCUCAGGACCUUGAUACCAUCUGGUCACUCGGGGGUUACCUGCAGUAUUCUGUGCUUUUCUAUGGCUAUUAUGGAAACGUGCGUAAGAUCGGCAGUGCCGGAUAUCGCCUGCCCCUGGCCUACUUUCUUGUUGGGAUGGCUGUUUUUGCCUACAGCUUCAUCACUCUAUUAAGAAAAAUGGCAAAAAACUCACGGUUGAGUCUAUCCAGUGCUUCCAGUGAGAACUACACGUUUUGCUGGCGAAUCUUCUGUGCCUGGGACUACCUGAUCGGCAAUCCUGAGGCUGCUGAGAGCAAAGGAGCAGCAAUAGUCAAUAACAUCAGGGAGGCCAUUGUGGAAGAGCAAGAGAAGAAGAAGGAGAUCAGCCUAGCAGUUUUAAUCAGCUUGCGGAUUCUGGCCAACAUCCUGGUCUUGCUCUCACUGGCAGGCAGCAUCUACAUUAUCUACUUUGUUGUGGAUCGCUCACAGAAGCUGGAGCAGGAGAAAGCAGAGCUAACCCUGUGGGAAAAGAACGAGGUGAGUGUAGUCGUCUCCCUCAUUACUAUGAUUGCCCCUUCUGCCUUUGAGCUUGUGUCACAGUUGGAGAUGUACCACCCAAGAACUAGCCUUCGUUUCCAACUUGCCAGGGUGCUGGUGUUGUAUCUUGGAAAUCUCUAUAGUCUGAUAAUCGCCCUGUUGGACAAAGUGAACAGCAUGAGCUCUGAUAUUCCAGGGAACUGGUCUGACUCCACAUCUUACCUGGCCACCAUUUCCCAGCCUGCAGAGACCAACCUGUCCACCAUCGUCCCAGAGAUCACUGAAGGAAGGAAUAGCACUGUCACCAUGGCAAUAAUGGACCUGAACCAUACCACCUACAAUAUAAAGCAUAGUUUUAUGUCUGGAAGAUCAGCACCAGUCCUUACUGGAAUGAAUCACACCAUACUAUAUGAAUACAAUGGCAAAAGCCAGCAGGAUCAGUGCUGGGAGACUUAUGUUGGGCAGGAAAUGUUGAAGCUCUCAAUCAUUGACAUGAUCUUCACCGUGGCUAGCAUUUUGCUGAUCGAUUUUAUCCGGGGCCUGGUGGUUCGAUACCUGAGCGACUGCUGCUGCUGGGAUUUGGAGAGCAAAUUUCCUGAAUAUGGUGAAUUCAAGAUAGCUGAAAAUGUCCUACAUCUAAUAUACAACCAGGGAAUGAUAUGGAUGGGGGCCUUCUUCUCACCCUGCCUGCCUGCCUUCAACGUGAUGAAGCUUAUUGGACUCAUGUACCUGAGAAGCUGGGCUGUGCUCACCUGUAACGUUCCUCAUCAGCAGGUCUUCCGAGCCUCCAGAUCUAAUAAUUUCUACCUGGCCAUGCUCCUAUUUAUGCUCUUCCUCUGCAUGCUACCAACUAUCUUUGCGAUUGUGAGGUACAGGCCUUCGCAGCACUGCGGACCUUUUAGUGGUCAAGAAAAGAUCUAUGACAUCAUUUCUGAGACAAUAGACAAAGACUUCCCUGUGUGGUUUAGUAAGGUGAUGGGUUAUGUCACAAGUCCUGUGGUGGUUCUGCCAGGCCUCUUGCUUCUCUUCAUGCUCAUCUACUACCUGCAGUCCAUUGCCAGGUCUCUCAAAUUCACCAACAACCAGCUACGAAUGCAGCUUCAGACAGAACGCACAGAUGACAAGAAGAAAGUGUUUCAGUUGGCUGCAGUAGCACGUCUCCAGCCUCCUGAGGGUGUUGAGCAAAAGACUGAGCAGGAGAGUGACAUCACAAGCAUGGAGUCACCAACUCGGUCUGCUUCACCUCCACGUCGCAACGGCAGCAUCAACAAAAUCCUUUCACCUGGCCGUCAUAACAACAGCAUCCGCACGAUUGCUCAGUCAGCCUCUCGGCCUGAAGACAGGAGUCCCUCCGUCCUUGUGAGACCCAAGCCUAGCAGUGCUUACAGAGUAUUCAGCAGUCCCUCCGUUCCACAAAGGGAGAUUCAAAGGGUGGAGUACAUCCCCAUCAGGCAUCCUGCCUAUCCAGGCCGCUCCAAAUCAUACCAUCAUAUGGCCUACAAUCCUUCUGUGCGUUUCUCUGAGAGUGUACACUCAGAUCCAGUGUUCAGGAAGAGCCUCAGGCCCAUGCACCCAGAGCCUGGUAUUGUCACAGCACAGAGCUAUCUGGGCCGGCAUGCUCACACCACCCGGUAUGUCAUCCUAAAUGAGCAUGAACCACGCAAAAAGAUUGUGCGUUCCACCAUGCGUCUGCCAAGGCACUAUCGAGUGGUGGAUGAGCCGACUGAGAUCGUGGAGCUUUACCCUCGUAAUGUAAAGUGCUACAUUCCCCGGAGUCAGCAGCCACAUCUCAGUGAAGAAGAGGAGGAAGAUGAAGCUAACGACAGUGGAAAGAGAGGGUCGUUAGGGCACUCGCAUCGGCCGAAGUCGCUCUCUGAUCUUCAUCAGAGAUCACCAGCACGCUUUUACAUUGGUGAAACCCUUGACAGCCGUCUAGCACGAAGAGUGUAUGGAGAGAAAGAAGAAGAUGAUUAUCUCGAGUGGGAGGAGGAAGGCCCUCGUAGCCGAACCCGGACAAAUAUUAAAGUCACGGAAACACCACACAGGCAUGGAGAACCUCACGUCAAGCCUAAGAACAAACGCAAAGGGGAGCCGUCACUGACCGAGUCGGAUUCGGCCUCGCUGGAGUCCAGCAGUGACCAGCAGAACAGCAGCACUGACCAGUACAUCCAAGUCAUCCACAACAAAGAGAAAUACCUUAAACACAACACUAAAGUGACUAAAAAGAAGUCAAAAACUAGUGCUGAUGUGAACAUGACUGGCUCAAAAGAUCUUGUGUUCUCAAAUGUUUGACUACAAAUAUUGCUUAUGUUAUAACAACACUGAAAAUUCCAGUAGUUGUGUUUUAAAGCACAUAAUGUAGGUCAGACUACAGCAGGCAUAAUGUAGGUCCUACGUGUUUUGCAAAUGUAAAACAUAAUUUAUUCUGUAUAUAGUAUAUAGUAUUAUAAAGUGAUAUUAAGACCUAUAUAUACAGUAUGUAGUCAUAAACUAAUUUAAACUGAAUCUGCCUGUGGAUUAAAAGUGCAAAUAUCUAUGAUAGAAAGAAGUUAUUUUUUUCAGAUCACAAAUAAUUAAAAACUUUUGAUUGAAAUAUACAAACUGGAUAAAGGCUGGAUAAGUGCUAAUCGUUGUUUCUUUAUGAUAGAAGAACUACAUACUUUGUAAACUAGAUACAAUGAAACAUAUACAUGAGAACUAUACAUGCCUAUUUUGUGCUAAUUUACACUUUUUUAAAAUUGCAUAGCAUGGCAUUCAAUUAAGGACAACUGUGGCCAUAUUUUUUGAGCUUAUUUCACAUUUUGGAAAAUAUUUUACAGCAUCUAGUCAUUUUCUUUUUUCAUUUACAACCCAAAUAGUGCUUUAUCCAUGCCAGUCUGCACUUUGCUUGUGAACAACAUAGGUACCUAUUAUACAACAGUUCUAAAGGGUGCAUGAGUUUAAAAGCUGAGCAGAGAGAAAAAAAUGGAGCCACCAACUUCAUGCUUCAUUACUCAGCCAAAAUCAUUUGCAAAUGCAAGGCGGUGACCAGUGAAACUGUGAAACCAGGUUUUAUAAAUAAUGUGCAUGAAUUCUAAUAAACAAGAGUGAUUUGGGUGGAUUGAAGUCAUAAAAACAUCCAGGCAAAGAUGGGUUUGCAAAUUGUUGAAUUACUAAUUUUUUAAAGAACUGUAUGACAAUGUUGUCAAAAUGAAGGCAAAUAAAAUGUGAAUAGUUUUGUCUGUCCCAGUACCAAAUUGCUCAAGAUGAUUUCUUAAUGUAUAUAAAUUUAUGAUCUUAAAAAUAAAGUGGUUUUAGAAAGCUCUAUCAGGUGUAGCUAUAUCUGCUGAAACCGAUACUGUAAUUUGUGUGAGGAAGCUGGAUUUGGUCAAAAUGAUCUGCUCCUUUGUGGAAUAUGACAGAAGCCAGCCUUGUAUAAAAAUCCAAAUAAAA